UCUUGAAUGAAGCGCCGCAGAAACGUGCGGACAGGAGGAAGCUGUGUGGGAGCGACCGACGCACAGCAACAGGACGCCGGGCGGGCUGCGGUGGUGGUCGGGCACCGGUUAUCUGUCGACCAUAGGCGGCUGGCUCUCUCCCGGAGCUCAGUGUCGGAAAGUGAAUGAGGUUGAUGCUGCUCUGCUGCACCUGGAAGGACGAACGCAUGGGAGAGGAGGAAGCUGGAGGAAGUUUGCCUGUGUGUGCGGGAUGCAAACAGAGGAUCUAUGAUGAGCAGUACCUCCAGGCCCUCAACAGUGACUGGCACACCGUCUGCUUCAGGUGUUGUGAGUGCAGCGCCUCACUGUCCCACUGGUAUUAUGAAAAAGAGGGACGGCUCUUCUGCAAGAAGGACUACUGGGCCAAAUUUGGGGAGCUGUGCCAUGGCUGCAAUGACCCAAUCACCACCGGCCUCAUCAUGGUUGCAGGGGAACAGAAAUAUCACCCAGAAUGCUUUACCUGUCUGAACUGCAGGACGUUCAUCGGUGAUGGAGACACGUAUGCUCUGGUGGAGAGAUCCAAACUCUACUGUGGCCACUGUUACUACCAGACCAUUGUCACCCCGGUGUCCUUGCCGGACUCGCCAUGCUCACGGAUCCCUCACACCGUCACGCUGGUGUCCAUCCCCGCCUCUUCCGAGGGAAACAACGGGCGCAGAGGGCGAGGUUUCUCAGUGUCCAUCGACCAGCCUCUCAGCCCAACCAACGGCUACAGCCCUGAACAUGGACACACUGUCAGAGUCUCCCAGGUGGAUGCAGACUGCAUCAGUCCAGAUGUGAAAAACUCCAUUCAUGUUGGAGACAGGAUUCUGGAAAUCAAUGGGACCCCCGUUCACAAUGUUCCUCUGGAUGAGAUUGACCUGCUGAUCCAGGAGACAAGCCGUCUGCUGCAGCUGACUAUUGAACAUGAUCCUCACAGUCAGGGGCACAAAGGAGGCUCCUCAGAGGCUGAGGAUCAGGUGGACGGCCCCCUGUCCACCCCUCUGUCAGAGGACCCCAGCCCCAUCCUCCCCAUCACCCAGCCUCCUAACUCCAACAUCAGCAACCUGAGAUCCCGCAUUAUCACACGGAGCUGCAGCAUUGAUAAGUCACCAGGUUCCAGCAACACGGCGUCCCCCAUUUCCCAAAGGAAGGAUAUUAACCGAUCCGAAUCACUUCGUGUUGUGUCCAGUCGUACUCACCGCAUCUUCCGCCCGUCUGACCUCAUCCAUGGAGAGGUGCUGGGAAAAGGCUGCUUUGGACAGGCCAUUAAGGUUACCCACAAGGAGACAGGGGAGGUGAUGGUGAUGAAGGAGCUGAUUCGCUUUGAUGAUGAGACACAGAAAACUUUCCUGAAAGAGGUGAAGGUCAUGCGUUGCCUGGAUCACCCCAACGUGCUUAAAUUCAUUGGAGUCCUCUACAAGGACAAGAGGCUCAACUUCAUCGCAGAGUACAUAAAGGGAGGCACCUUGAGGGAAAUCAUCAAGAAAAUGGACAGCAACUAUCCCUGGAACCAGCGAGUCAGUUUUGCCAAGGACAUAGCUGCUGGGAUGUCAUAUCUGCAUUCCAUGAACAUAAUCCACCGGGACCUGAACUCACACAACUGUCUAGUCCGAGAGAAUAACACAGUGGUGGUGGCGGACUUCGGGCUGGCUCGGCUCAUGGUGGACGACCAGCAUGAGGAGAAGUUGUCACAGGGUAAACUGUCAGGUCUGAAGAGGCCUGACCGCAGGAAGAGGUACACUGUGGUGGGAAACCCCUACUGGAUGGCUCCUGAGAUGAUCCAUGGGAAGAGCUACGAUGAGAGAGUUGAUAUCUUUUCCUUUGGUAUCAUGCUUUGUGAGAUAAUUGGCAGAGUGAACGCAGACCCAGACUACCUCCCCAGGGCAACAGACUUUGGGCUGAAUGUGUCUGGUUUCUUGGAGCACUACUGUCCUCCAGAUUGUCCCGCUGCCUUCUUCCCCAUGGCUGCUGUGUGCUGUGAUCUUGAUGCAGACAAACGCCCUGCUUUCUCCAAACUGGAAGAGUGGCUGGAGAACCUGAAGAUGCACUUGGACAUCAGUCUGCCCCUGGUGUCUGAACUGGACCAGCUGCACAAAGCCUUUUGGGAGAACCACAGCAUCACCCGCCCUGAAAACGGUCUGCACACCCAUCCUGAACAGCUAGAGCAGGACUAAACACUGCAGGAGAAGUGGGAAAUCUAAGUUAUCCCCACAAUGGUAGUGACCGCCUUAGGGUGAUGCAGUGGCUGGAGGAGUUGUGUGAAUACCCCUCCAUGUUUGAAACAGAUGCAGCGGGCUCAGGUUGGUUCAGGCUUAAUGAACAGACUCAGGGGUGAAAUGUGGAUAUGAAAAAGCCACUUGUGCAAGAUGCACACAUUCAAAUCCAAAUCAAGACAUUAAGUGUGAUAACUUGAUUCUGCUGCACCUGCAGCUAAACUGGAACAUGUCAUAUGCAUUCAACCCUAACUUUAAAAUCAUGAUUCAGCUCGUGCAGAUUUAACAUGAGUGGUCCUACCAGUCAAGAAUGCUUAGUGUACCUACCUACUGUAGUAUGUAUAUUCACAUGGAUAAAGUAGUCCAACAAACAAGGCAUACAGUAAAGCAAACCUUCAGCCUCUACAGAGUACAUUGUGCAGUAUGUGUUCGCAGAUGUUUUCUGUUGUUGAUUUUGAUUUUUUGGAUCUCACAACUGAAGUUAUGAAAAAUGACCGUCUGCCGCUUAAGAUGCAAAGACUGAGAUCAACUUGCUGUCCACUUGUGCAAGUCAAACAAAACCUUCCAAGCUUUAAAUAGCUCACUAAAGAGUGCAUGGCUGUAAAUAAUGCUGCCAGGCCCUCUGGGGUCAGAGGGAGGUGAUGUGUCUGUGCCGCUGCCCCUCUCCUUCAUAUAUUGUGUAGCACUGACUUAACAUUGAGGUACACCUCUUUAGCAUAAAUAUGGUACAUUGUCUCCAAAUUUGAAGAGCUGUUAGUGUUCCUUGUUCAUAUUGACGUGGUAUCUUAUACAUUCAAACACAUACCUGUACCAGUGUACAGGCGACAUUGUAAAUGUUUUAAAUAGUGUAAAUGUACAGACAUAUUUUAUAUACGUAUGCUACAUUGCCAUAUUUUUAUUGGCUGACUAGUUGAAAUUAAGGAGAGUAGCAGUCUGACUGCGGUUACAGGGCACAGCUGAAGGUUUUUUUUUUUUUUUUUUUUGUGCUAAUAUUUUGUACAUUGUCAGCACUGUGGCAGGUUAGGGACUUUUAGCAUUUGAGAUAUGAGGAAUCUUGUCACCAUAAACAUCUCCAACACUCAGUUUAAACUCAGUAAAUGUUACAUUCGAUCAUUUCCCUCCAUCCAAAAAGUACGUCUUAACAUUUGAGUGGUCUUUUUGGAGUUGCUUGUACACAUGUGCUGGAGUAAAAGUAAUCAAAAUACUGGACUAUCUAAUCUAAUCAAAUUGUUUUAAAGGGUCAGUUCCCCUUUUAAAGUUGCUGAACUCAAUCUACAUAUUGUGAUCAACUCGAAAUUAUAUGUGAUAUGAGAAUUUCGAAGGCAAUCAAUCAAAUUAUUCACACUCAUCUCAUGUACUGUAUAAUAGUUCAGGUGUGGGAAUAAUAUCACCAGGUACUCAUCAUGUCACCUGUCUGUCCAUAUACCUCCUGUGGAUGACCCACUGUUUGUUUACCUGUAAAUCAAGCUGUAAAUAUCACUGUAUAUACAUGUUUGUCAUAACAUAUGUUUGCGUGCAUUGCAUACAUACUCGCACUCAUCAAAAAUAAUCUCCACUGUCUGAAUUUUCUCAAGCACCUUCUAACAAAAGAUUUCUGGCUCCAGUUCUUUUUUUGAUUUCCUUCUGUUCUUCUCACAAGCUGCAUGGUAUACUAGCUAGGCCUGUUCAGCUUCUAUUUUGUCUCGAAAUAUUGUGAUUUUAAAUAAGAAAUCAAGACAAAGAAGUCACCAGAGAAAGCCAGGCUAAAAUGGGAAUGAGGAAAAAAAAAACCCCACAACAUCUGAUUUUUAUAGCUGCUUAAAUCUUUUUGUAUAGAUUUGAAUACUUUACUUUGCACUAUAUUACCAAACGGCUGUUUGAAGCAGUGUUUGUUAAUUUCCUCUCUUGAGCUACUUGUGAUAAGGAACUUAUGUCAGUUCAGGUUGAUCGAUGAAUGCAAGACACUGAUAGAGCCUUUCAAUCUGGGAAGCUGAUCCUCCUGAGAGCAGACUGGGCCGUGUAACAAUGAGUGACCUUUCUGAUUAUCUUGAUGUAGUUUUGUGCAUGGUUCAACUUCUACAUACAGCCUUUGCAGAAGCCUGUUUGUUCCCUCUGUGAUCUUAUUGUAUGUAACAAUAUUGACUAGAGUUUCAUUUUCAAGCAAAAGUCUCCUAAAUUCUUAAAGUUCCUUGAUUUGUUGUAGUUGAAUAAUUCCUAAGAGACAACGUUGUCCAGUCUUUGCUACCAAGAGGAUGAGAAGUCCCAGCUCUGGCUGCUGCCUACAGACUGGUCCUUUGUGAAAGAUGUAUAUGUUGUUUCUGACUGCUUGGUUUCAUCCUUGAUGCCCACAGAGGCUCCAACUGCUGCCGGUCUUUCUGAUAAUAGAGCACUUAAACUAGUAUGUCUCACCGCUCACCUCCUCAUCAUACUCUUUUGGCUCAGGUCCGUAAUUUUCUGGAGCUUCACAAAUCAGUUAAUUCAUUAAUAGUAAAGUAGUGCUCCUCAACAGUAACAGACUCAAAGAGCAUGUAACCUUCAGUCUGAUGAUACAAAAUGCGCUUCUGUGAAACAAGCCUCUCCUGGUUGAUGUGUUUGUCCGUGGGCAUGUACUGUACACGAGUGGCUUUGCCAUGUUUCUUUCUCCAGUCCUGUCUGAGCCAUGUCAAGCAUGUUAGACGUGUCUGUGAGGACGUGUUGGGUGUCACUGAGAAUGUGUCCGCAUCACUUCUUUGCAAAGGAUCGUUACCUCUGAACAAUGCUGUGCCUUUGUUGUAAGCUAGCCUUGCCAACGACUCGAAAAACGUGAACUGAUUUUAUUUUUAUGUAUCGUAAGUGCAAGCCUGAUUCAAGUGGAUUGAAUAUCGUUGCUGAUACUAUGUUGUAUGAGGUUUCAUCUUGUUCUGUAUCAUAUUUAUAUCUCCCAUUGUCAGUUUUGAUAUUUUAAUAUUUCCUUUUUGUCCUAUUUAAUUUUUUACACAAGCUGUGAAAACAAUUCUGCACUUUAAUCCUGAACAUGGACAUUUAGACUUUUUUUUUUUCCUUUAGUCACAGCUAAAAAUAAA